AUGUACGGCUACGACGCCGGCGUCCUCGGCGGCGUGCAGACCACCAAACCUUUCCUCGACGCAAUAAACCACCCUACAGGCACGUACGUGAUUCCCAUGAUCGCAUCGUCGUACACCCUCGCGGCCGCAGUCUGCUCUCUGGCCGUCACAAUGCUCGGCAUGCCCCUCGGCCGCCGAGGGUGCAUCCUGAUGGGAGACGCGUUCGUCAUCGUCGGGGCCAGCCUGCAGGCAUCGGCGUGGUCUGUCCCACAGAUCAUCAUCGGCCGUGUCCUCUGUGGCUUCGGGAUCGGUUUCAUCUCCUGCUCCGUGCCGACCUACAUGGCCGAAAUGAGCAUCGACUCGAAAGAACGCGGGCCCGAGGUCGCGAUCCAGUGUGUCUGGCUCAUUUCGGGAGUCGCGCUCGCGUACUGGAUGGAUUUCGGCUUCACGCGCAUGUCGAACCAGGUGUCCUGGAGGUUCCCCAUUGCGUUCCAGGCCGCCUUUGCCAGCAUAUCGAUCGUCGGCAUGUGGUUCCUACCGGACACGCCGCGUUGGUACUACGCCAAAGGCCGGGAGGAAGAGGGCGACGACAUCAUUGAGAGGUUGCACGACCGACCGCGCGACGACCCGCGUGUGCAAGCCAUGAGAGAGGAGAUCCUCGCGUCCAUCAAGCUGGAAGAAGAGGACGAGCACAAGUUCAACCCGAUCGAUUUGAUCUGGGACAGGAGUGACCUCAGAGCCGGACGAAGAAUCAGGAUCUCGUUUAUGAUCUUGUCGCUGCAACAGAUGAUGGGAAUCAAUCUGUCCGUGUACUAUUCGACCGUCAUCUUCUCGCAAGUCGGCCUCUCGGAUUUCCUGUCACAGCUGCUCGCCGCCGUCAUGAACACCGGGUUCGCCGCCGGGACGUUUUUCCUUCCGGCCACGAUUGAGCGCGUCGGCAGACGGAAAGUUUUGAUGUGGUCUGCUGCCGUCUUGACCGUAUGCAUGCUCAUCUUCGUCAUCAUGAUCGGCCUCCCGAACCCUUCGCUCGCCAUGCAGUGGACUGCCGUCGCCAUGAUCGUGAUUUAUAACUUUGUGUUUGGCUAUGGAUGGAUAGGUGUCCCUUGGCUAUAUGGCCCUGAAAUUGCACCCCUCAAGCUUCGACAUCUCGGCGGCGCCGCUGGCGCGUUUGGAGAAUGGCUCUUCAGCUUCAUCACGGUGUUUGCAGGUGGCAUUGCCCUGCAGAAUGUCGGGUGGAAGAUCUGGAUCUGGAUGCUUCUGUCCUGCGCGGUUGCCGUGCCGUUUGUGUACUUCUUGUGUCCGGAGACUACAGGAAAGACGCUGGAAGAAAUCGACCUCAUCUUCGCGAAGCCAGAGAUUCGAGACUCGGCACUUGCGGCGAGAAUGGUGCAUGACCAUCGCCCUGUGGAUGCGGUGAAGUUGGAAACUGUCGAGUACGAGGAGAAGGAAGACGUGUGA